AUGCAGCGAGAGAUAGACGACUUGAAAAAGAAGUUGCGCCGUGCACAGCAAAGGCGGUCCCCUUCCAACUCAGACACAUCCUCUAAUGAGGAAGAGGACGUCAGUUACAGGCGGAGAUCAAGAACUCCCCCAAAUGAAACAUUUUCCUAUGAAAAGGAGCAGCGCCCUGAACAGAGACAUAAGAGCCCAUCUAGUAAGGGUUUAGGUAAUGAUGCUAUGAACAAAACACUGGAUCAGAUCUCCAGAUCACCAUUUGCGCAUAGGAUAAAAGGGGCUAAACUACCACGACGUUUCCAUCAACCUACGUUUACCAUUUACAACGGUCGAACAGACCCUGUGGAGCAUGUGAGUCAGUUUAACCAAAGAAUGGCUAUCCAUUCUCAAAAUGAGGCUCUGAUGUGCAAAGUUUUUCCGUCCAGCCUAGGACCCGUGGCGAUGAGAUGGUUCAACAACUUGAAGACGAACUCCAUAGAUUUCUAUAAGCAACUCACUCAAGUUUUUUGCUCUCGCUUUAUUACGAAUAGCAGGGUCCCUCGGCCCCUAAGUUCGUUAUUAUCAUUAUUUAUGCACAAAAGGGAAACCUUAAAGGCGUAUUCGGAUAGGUAUUGGGAGAUAUACAACAAGAUGGAUGAAAACCACGAUGACGUCGCCAUCAACACGUUCAAAAGUGGUCUCCCCACUGAGCACGGUUUAAGGAAGUCUCUAACUGGUAAACCCGUCACCAGCGUUCACCAACUGAUGGACAGGAUUAAGAAAUACAAAAGAGUGGAAGAGGACCAGCUACAAGGGAAAGGAAAGGAGAAGAUCAUCCCCCCCAAAGGGAAUGAUUACAGGACGGAACGAUAUAACAGUAACCAGUCGAGAAGGGAUUUUUCGAGACAGGCUGGACAAACCAACAUGCAAGCGGUUAAUGCCGUAUUUAGAGAGUCGGUGCAACAGGCAUACCACGGAGGAUUGCAGGAAUCUAUGGAAUCACCUAGAUCAGUUAGUCCGAGAAGGAAAAUUACGCCACCUCUUACACCCCUCCAGUGGUCAUCUGGGCCAGGCAUUUCAAGAGCCCCGGAGAGACGUAUCUUUGAGACCUCCCAUGGGGAUGAUACACGUCAUCAUCGCCGCUCCGGGGAGGACCGACUCUUUUCCUCCAGGGUGCUGUCUGUGGCUCGGCUCUCCACCGAGGAUGGUGAGAAGGAGCCCAAAAGAUCCAAAAAGGGAAACUCACCUGUUCUGGGGUUCUUGGACGAGGAUAAGAUGGGAACUAUCCAACCUCAUGACGAUGCUUUGGUAGUUACGCUAAGGAUUGGAGGAUUCGACGUGAAGAGAGUACUGGUAGACCCGGGCAGUGCUGUGGAAGUGAUGUACCUUGAUCUUUACAAGGGGCUGAACCUAAAGCUCGAGGACUUAACGACUUAUGACUCUCCUUUUAUAAGUUUCGAAGGGAAGACUGUCAUACCAAAAGGGCAGAUCAAAUUUCCCAUACAGACCAGAUCAGAGGUGGUGGAGGUGGAUUUUAUCAUGGUCGACGCCUACUCACCCUACACGGCCAUAGUAGCCAGACCUUGGCUCCACGCCCUGGGAGCCAUUUCUUCUACACUUCACCAGAAGGUAAAAUACUCGUCGGGGGGCCAAGUGGAAGAGAUUGGGGGAAAUCAAGUCAUGGCUAGGCAAUGCAUGGUGGCCGCCAUCUCACGCCAAUCCAGUGCAGAAUCCUCGGCGUCUGUGAAAAAGGAUUUAUAG